ACUCUUUUGCUUUUAUCUUUUGCAGAGCAAAGAGUGGAAGAUGUACGACUCAUUCGAGAUCAGCAUCCAACUAAAAUACCAGUGAUCAUUGAGAGGUACAAGGGAGAGAAGCAGCUUCCAGUUCUGGAUAAGACCAAGUUCCUGGUGCCAGAUCAUGUCAACAUGAGCGAGCUAAUCAAAAUUAUCAGGCGACGCCUGCAGCUGAACUCCAACCAGGCCUUCUUCCUGCUGGUGAACGGACACAGCAUGGUGAGCGUUUCCACGCCCAUCUCCGAGGUGUACGAGAGCGAGAAGGACGAGGACGGGUUCCUGUACAUGGUGUACGCCUCUCAGGAGACUUUCGGAGCGCGAUCUUCCGUCUAAGACAGGCGAGCGGCUCCUAGCCUAGGAUGUUGGUUUACCCUUGGCCAUCACCCCCCCUCUUCCCCACACACCCCCCAGGGAAAGACACGGAUGCCACCUACGCUCAGUCCCGUAGCAUAGUCUUGCUUUAGCAGGUGUCUCACCUUCCCUUGCCUUGUUGGUGACUGUUAACAGUGCAGGCGAGCGCCUCCGGCUUCGAAACCUGCGGUAACGCUCCACGCAGGCACCUGGGCAUUUCCGGACUUGAUGAACGGAACCCGCGUAAAGGGACACUCGAUUGACCUGAACCAAACAGGCGCCAGGGAGGAGCUGAAGUGUUUCGUGUGACAGUUUGCUGGAAAAUCUCCCCGUGAUUCCUUAAAGCUUUUAAUUUUUUUUUUUUUUUUUUCUAAUGGGAAGGCUCCUCGUGAGAGCAAAU